AUAGAGAGCAGCAUUUCCUCUCCAGGCCGAGAUGAGGGCUGUGAGGGCGUUUGGAGGGAAACGCGCUGCCUACUGCAGGGAGGUGACACCCGCGAGGCCGACCGUCCCCCCGAAGCCCCCGCAAGUCCAGACUGGGGGACCUUGGAGAUCCACGAGAUUUCCAGAGAAGGAAAUUGAGGCCCAAGAAGCUGCAUGACUUAGCCAAGGUCAUGGAGUAGAACCCGGGGUAGGAGCCCGGGACGUUGAAAUGAAGGCGUCUUGCAUUGCAGCUCCGUGGCAGCGCAGAGGCACAGGAAGGCAGACUACCCCGAGCCCCGGGCUGCGGCCUCGCCCUCCAACCCUCUGCUUCCGUUUCUCCCUCUGGUCCAUAGCCCGCGGGACAGAGCAGCCCUGGAUUGGGAGGCUCCUCAGAUCUCAGGCUCAGGUGCAGAAGCAGAGCCCCUAACUGGAAGGCUCGGAGGGGAAUUGGAGGUGGAACCAUCCAGUCUUGAAGGUCAACGGAGCGUGAAAAGAGGAGCGUGCAGCUUGAGCACUACAGAUAGGAGCGUCCUUGCUCCUCCAGGCAGCCCCUCCAUAGGGGCAGUCCUGUGCUGCUGUGACUCGGCACUCACACAAGAUAGAGGGGACACUGGCAGGCACGCUUGACGUCUGGUUUGAUAUUGUGAGGAUUCGUCCAGCUGCUGUGGAGUGACUUUUCAAGCCGGCCUCCGAAAGAGGGUCUAAGGAUAACUCUGGGGCCAUGACGGCCAUGAUUCUCACAGAGAACUCCAAGACUUCUGUGCUGCGAGUAAGCGGACUUGUUCUGAGACCUUUGCCCUAGAGGAUGGCGAAGGGGCUCCUGGUGACCUAUGCCCUCUGGGCUGUGGGGGGCCCUGCUGGGCUUCACCACCUGUACCUGGGAAGGGACAGCCACGCCCUGCUCUGGAUGCUGACCCUGGGGGGAGGUGAGCUGGGCUGGCUCUGGGAGUUCUGGAAGCUCCCAAGCUUUGUAGCUCAGGCCAACAGAGCCCAGGGGCAGAGGCAGAGCCCCAGAGGGGUGACACCCCCUCUGAGUCCCAUUCGCUUUGCUGCCCAGGUGAUCGUUGGCAUCUAUUUUGGCCUUGUGGCACUGAUUAGCCUUUCAUCCAUGGUCAACUUCUAUAUUGUGGCCCUCCCACUGGCAGUUGGCUUAGGGGUCUUGCUGGUGGCUGCUGUUGGCAAUCAGACCUCAGACUUUAAGAACACUCUGGUGGCAGCAUUUCUCACUUCACCUAUAUUCUAUGGCCGCCCCAUAGCCAUACUGCCCAUUAGUGUGGCCGCCAGCAUUACAGCUCAGAAGCAUCGCCGCUACAAAGCUUUGGUGUCAGAGCCGUUCAGUGUUCGCCUCUACCGGCUGGGCUUGGCUUACCUUGCUUUCACAGGCCCACUGGCAUACAGUGCCCUCUGCAACACAGCUGCCACCCUCAGCUAUGUGGCAGAAACCCUUGGCUCCUUCUUGAAUUGGUUCAGCUUCUUCCCCCUUCUUGGCCGCCUCAUGGAGUUUGUCCUCCUUCUGCCUUACCGGAUCUGGAGGCUACUGAUGGGAGAUACUGGCUUCAACAGCAGCUACUUCCAGGAGUGGGAGAAGCUCUAUGAAUUUGUUCACAGUUUUCAGGAUGAGAAGCGUCAGCUGGCUUACCAGGUAAGGCUUUCUUCCCUCAGUCCUGUCUGGUGGCUCUGGUGGCCCUCAUGUGGAAGCACUGUACUUACGUCUGUUGGCCAGGUGCCAGAAGGAUGUUCUGGCUUCUUUGGAUAUCUGUUUGCAAUGGGCAAAGGUUACGGAGGCUGUAAUAGUAGAGUAGGAAAAAUAUAUGUGUAUAUUAUUUACUUUUUAUUGAGGUACAACAUAUAUACGGUGCACUAAUUUUAUGUAUACCCCACUCAGAUCAAGGGAUGGAACAUUUCCAGCACUAAGAAGGUUCUUUUAUUCCCCUUCUCGGCCUAUAUUCCCACCUUCAGAGGUUAUCUCUAUUCUGACUUUAGUCACCAUACGUUAGUUUUGCUCAUUCUUCUUCUUUUUUAUUUUUUUAAGAUAGAGUCUUGCUCUCUCGCGCAGGCUGG